AUGAGAGACGUUUACAAAUGCCUAUGUACAGCUAGAGUAAUAAAGACAGAAGAACUUCAGACCAUAAUAAUAAAAACAUUGUUCUUUGUGUGAAAUUCAGAAUCAUACGGACAAUUUUCGUUUACAAUAUCGUUUUCCAUUCAAAACGAUCCGAACGUGUUUGAAUAGCCGAAUAAUUAGAAAGGAGAAGCAUUUUUCUUAAACAAACAACAAAUAAACAACGAAACGAAAAAAAAAUUACUUUUUUUGGAAGCAACAUCUACGUGUUGUAAUUCAAGCGUUUUCUGAUUAUAGCUUCCUUGCGACAACAACGCAAAUUAUUCCAGCUGUAAUGUUUUAUAUAGCAAAUUAAACAAAAAAUUGUGAUAGAAUACUUUAAAAUACUUAAUUUUUUUUUGUUGAUUUUCGUUUGUUGUUUUGCCUCUAUUUACUGCACGACAGUGCUUAGACUAUUAGUGGUUUGCUUCAGAUUUUUGUGCGUAUGUUUUUUUCUCUCUCAGUGAAUCACAUAAUAUUAUUCUUUUUUUCGUAAGACGAAACAACGGAACGCAUUUGAAAAACUAGUCUACGUCAAGUGGAAAUUGAAUUUUUUUCUAAUAUUUAACAUAAAGAUCAUCGUGAUUGAAUUGUGUUGAAAUUGAUUUGGACAUUGUUGUGAGCACACAGCGACAACAAUUUUAAUCGACUUUAUUUCAUUAAUUUCAUUGCGUUUGUGUGUCAUUACGUAUUUUCAAAGCCAAAAACGAUAAAAUGGCAGAUAGCGAAAACACCGAACCAUGUGUAACAUUCGAGAAAACAAAAAAUGAAGAUGUGAGCAAUGCCAAUAACAAUAUGGAAAAUGCGUCAAGUCCAACAGAAGAACGGAGUUCGGAUGGCAAAUCGGUCGGCAACAACAACUGGUGGGGUUCAUGGAUUAAUUCGGCCAAAACAAAGUCUGUGUCUGUGCUUGAGGCGGUCAAACGUGAUCUCGAUGAGAUCUCAACAGCCGUUCGCAGUGAAGUGUCACACGCAGGUACUGUUCUCAAUGAAACAUUAAAAUUGGACGAACCGGAAUCAACAGCAAGUACAGUAAAAAAGAGUCUUAGCUCAUUUUUCGGACAAGUGAGUGAAGCAUUGGUACCGUCAAUUGAAGAUGAUGAAUCGGAGGCAAUAAUUAUAACAAGUGAAGGUGCGGUUACAUUGACCGGAUUUCAGAAACAUUUGGCUGAAUUACAAGCAAAUGAAGCAACUUAUUUAUCAUCGCCAGACGCCUCACUUCAAGAGAAUUAUCAACGUUGGUUGGAAUGUGUUGAUCAAGAUCAAUUUACACAAAAUCAAUUGGCGCGUCAUUUGACAAGCAGCGAAAUUUUGAAUGAAAAAUAUUUGAGUCUUGUGCCUGAUAAAUUGCCGCAUAUGGAAUUUUGGAAGCGGUAUUUAUUCAAACGUGCAUUACUUGAGGAUGCUUUGGCCCAUGCUGAAAUGGCCGAACGUCGUGCCAAAGCCGAAAUUCGAUCAACGAAAACAAUAACACCGAAACAGGCGGGUGAAAUUAUUCAAACCGAACAACCAAAAACCGUUCAAUCAUCUGACGACGAUAAAAAUGACGACGAAAACGAACCAGUUGAAUCAGCGCGGAUAGCCACCGAUGAGCUUAUUAUUGAAGACACUGACAUAAAAUGGGAUGCAGACGAUUUUGGCAACGAAGAGAUUUCAGAAGAGGAUCAAGCACGUCUGUUGGAACAAUACGAAGCCGAAAUCAUGGAACGUGAGAAGCGAAAAAGUACCAUUGUUCCGCUUGAAGAGAAACUUCGUUCAAACACCGAACAAAAUACGAGUGCGUCCGAACAACCGAAAACCGGAAAUAAGAAAGAUCAACAAAAAAAUACAGCAUCGCAAAAAGCAACAAAUGCAAAUAAAAAAACAAAUACGACAAAAUCCAACAGCACAACCAAUAAACAAGUAGAUAAUUCGAAAACCAAAUUAAAUGCGAAAUCAAAACAAACGAUACAAAUUAGCAGCACCGGCGAUGAUGUGAAAAAAACAACGUCUAGAAAAAAUCACGGCAAUAAGGGAGAUUCGACUGUAGUCAAGGAACGUAGCCUAGCUGAAGAUCUUAAAACUGAUGCUGGCGCUACAUCCGACGAAAGUUGGGAAAAAGAUUUUGAUCUAAGCGAUCAUUAGAGAGAAUAUUAUUGACUUACGGCAUCAUACGAAUUUCCUUUUUAUUCGUCUAUCUCUCUCUCGCUCUGCCGGAUUUAUUUGAUUUUCAUUUAAAAAAAAUUGUGCAUUAAUGCGGUGUUAAAAAUAGAUAUUUAAUAUAUAGACAUUUCGUUGAGGUUUUGCGCCAAUUCUAUUAGAUGUAUGUAUGCUCAAAGAAAAUAUACUAUAACACAUCCAUUUUCGACAUGUGUCGACACUAUGAUUUCAAUGUGUGUAUUUUCAAAAUGCAAUGUAUUCCUUCUAAAAAGCAUAAACCUUAUGUAUGUAUAUCAACAUUCUUCUUUUUUUUAAUUUCAAAUUGAAUUCGAACACAUGUAAAUAUAUAUUUUUUAUAGAUUUUAUACAUAUUUUUGGUGCAUUCAUCAUUCGCAUUCAAAAGCAGAGAUUCAAAAGAAAAUCAGAUAUGAAAUAAUCGUUUUUUUAACCGUCUUCAAAACGUUUAAACGGGACAAAUUCGAUGCAAUUUUUAUCUGUUUACACAAUCGAAUUAAUAUAUAUGAUUUAAAAAAAAUUUGAAAUAAAUUAUUUGAGGACUAUUAAUAAAUUAAUACUGCGAAAAGUAAAUAUUCUGUCUUAUUUUACAAAAAAAAAAAAACGGCAACGCAAAGUUAUUCCAAAAACCAUUCAAUAGCAAAAAAAAAUAACCACAUUCUAAUUUUAGUUGUUGCAAAACCAAUUUUGAAUAAUAUUAUGAAAAUAUUUAACUAAGAAAAUCCAUAUUUAUAAAAUCAUUAUUAUCAGUAACACUAUGUAUACCGCAUAUGUAUUUGUUGAGAUGAGGCGGUUGGUGAAUUAUAUUAAAAAACCAAAUGGAAUGAAUUACAACUGAAUCACAUUACACAUAAUAUUUGAUCUUUUAUGUAGCAAAAUAUGAAGAUUGAAUUUGUUAAACAAUUUUUGUGUAUCGCAUUUGAUUCAGGAAAAAUAAACAUUUUUUUAAAAAUUAGAAUUAGAA